AUGUUCUUCGAAACGACCUAUGUUCCUUCCCCGCAGCUUUCGGCAACAAGUACCAUUGAAGAAGGUAGCAAUGCAUUUUCUUUUCGGUUGCCAAAAUGUGACUCCUCUUGUGACGAAGCAUCGUCCGAGAGUCCAGUCGAUCAUCUCAUAUUCGUUAUUCAUGCAAAACAGUACGGACAUUUCUACGAACACAGUAAGUUUAUA